AUGGGCGACCAUGUGGACCCGCCGGAGAAGGGUGGGCGCAAGAGGCUUGUGGUCGUUGGCUUAGGCAUGGUCGGUGUUGCGUUCAUCGAGAAAGUCUUAAAAUUGGAUGUCAAGAGACGAGAGUACGACAUAGUCGUUAUCGGAGAAGAACCCCACUUGGCUUACAAUCGUGUGGGUUUAACAAGUUUCUUUCAACAUCGUAAAGUCGAAGACCUCUAUCUCAACCCCAAAGAAUGGUAUCACAGCAUGCCAGAUGGUUCGCUCAGUUACCAUCUCAACACCCUGGUGACAGAGAUCGAUUCCAAAUCCAAAAUUCUGAAAACAGCUAGAGGUCAAACAAUAGCAUACGACAUACUCGUCCUAGCGACGGGCUCAGAUGCCUUGCUCCCCAAACACACUCCAGGUCAUGAUGCCAAGGGCGUCUUUGUUUACAGAACGAUUGAUGACCUGCAGAGGCUUAUCGAGUUUGCAAGUAGUAAACAGGGCACAAUAGGAGCCGUGGUUGGCGGAGGCCUGCUAGGUCUUGAAGCGGCCAAGGCAAUGAUGGAUUUGGAGAAAUUUGACAAGGUCAAGCUCAUUGAGAGAAACAGAUGGGUUCUUUCACGACAGCUUGAUGGCGAUGCGGGCGCAAUGGUUGUGGAGCAAGUUCGUGCACUGGGCCUAGACGUGAUGCUGAGCAAGAGAGUCGGCAAGAUCACCACAGACGACGACAAUAACGUGACUGGCGUGGUCUUUGAGGACGGAGAGAAAAUGAACUGUACCUGCAUUUGCUUUGCUAUUGGCAUUCGUGCGCGAGAUGAGUUGGCUCGCAAGGCCGGACUUAAAUGUGCUGAAAGAGGCGGCGGAAUCAUCGUGGACUCGGGCUUAAAAACUUCAGUGCCAGACAUCUAUGCAAUUGGGGAAUGUGCCAGCUGGGAAGGUCAAACAUUUGGCCUAAUCGCACCUGGAGUAGAGAUGGCUGACGUUCUUGCGUUCAAUCUUACCCAGGCCAAGUCACAUACUCCAAGAACGUUUAAACGACCGGACUUGAGCACAAAACUCAAGUUGCUAGGUGUUGAAGUCGCCAGCUUUGGAGAUUUCUUUGCUGAUAGGGACGGGCCAAAGCACCUCCCGAGACGAAGAGCAGAGGGCAAGCGGGAAGGUGUUGUUGAGGCAAAAGACCGUGUCAGGGCCCUCACCGAAGGGCCUCCACCUCCCGCUGUCAAGGCUUUGACGUAUAAGGACCCUUUCACCAAUGUCUACAAGAAGUACCUUUUCACUCUUGAUGGCAAAUACUUGCUUGGAGGUAUGAUGAUUGGUGAUACUAGUGACUACAUCAAACUAGUGCCUCUCGUCAAGAACCAGAAGCCACUGGAAAUACCACCGAGUGAGCUGAUUGUGGGUGCAAAGAAGGCAGGCGAUGACGACGGAAGCGAUCUUGCAGACGAUACCCAGAUUUGUUCGUGUCACAACGUUACAAAAGGUGAUAUUGUCAAGUCUGUCAAAGACGGCACUUGCAAAAGCUUGGGUGAUGUCAAGGCAUGUACUAAGGCUGGAACCGGAUGCGCUGGUUGUGUGCCUCUUGUUCAAAGUAUCUUCAAUUCGACCAUGGCGUCGAUGGGUCAGGAAGUCAAAAACCACUUGUGCCCUCACUUCGAGUACUCGCGAGCGGAUCUGUACAACAUCAUACAUGUCAAAAAGCUGCAAACCUUCCCAGAGGUCAUGAAAGCAGCUGGCAAAGAGCCAGACUCAGUUGGAUGCGAAGUCUGCAAGCCUGCAAUCGCUUCUAUCACAGCGUCUUUGUUCAACAAGCACAUUGUUGAUGCACCUCGUCGUGGUCUGCAAGACACAAACGAUAAGUUCCUGGGGAACAUCCAGCGCAAUGGGACCUAUUCCGUCGUGCCUCGCAUUCCUGGUGGUGAAAUCACAGCGGAUAAGCUUCUCGUUAUUGGCAAUGUGGCGAAGAAAUACAACUUGUACGUUAAAAUUACUGGCGGCCAACGAAUCGACAUGUUCGGCGCAAGAAAGCAAGAUCUCGUUGCAAUCUGGACCGACCUUGUCGAGGGUGGCUUGGAGAGCGGCCAUGCUUACGCUAAGUCAUUACGUACUGUCAAAAGCUGUGUUGGAACCACAUGGUGCAGAUUUGGCGUUGGUGACAGUGUUGGCAUGGCCAUUCGGCUAGAGGAACGCUACAAGAGUAUCAGAGCACCGCAUAAGAUCAAAGGUGGUGUUUCUGGAUGUGUGCGAGAGUGCGCCGAAGCACAGAACAAAGACUUCGGUCUCAUUGCCACUGAGAAAGGGUUCAACAUAUUCGUUGGUGGCAACGGCGGAGCAAAUCCAAAACAUUCCGAGCUCCUUGCAAAGGACGUACCGCCAGAUGAUGUUGUUCCUAUCCUGGACAGAUAUCUUGCAUUCUACAUCCGUACAGCAGAUAAGCUGCAACGAACAGCAAGAUGGAUCGAGAACCUGCCAGGUGGUAUCGAAUAUCUGAAAGAAGUCAUUUUGGAAGAUAAACUUGGAAUCUGUGCCGACUUAGAGCAACAGAUGGAAGAGCUUGUCCAGUCAUACUUCUGUGAAUGGACAGAGGUUGUUAAGGAUCCUGAACGGAGAAAAGGUUUCAUCCAAUUCGCUAAUACGGAAGAGAACAUUGUCGACACUAUCGAGCCCAUUGUUGAGCGAGAACAGACACGGCCUGCAUACUGGCCGAAGGAAUCUGUCAAAGAAGACUUCAGAGGCACCAAAUGGAGUCAGCUCACCUGGCAACCGAUUGUUAAGGCCGAGAUGUUCAAGGAUGUUCCGACAGGUGACAGCCAGGCGAUUAAGCGCGGUGAUACACAGCUUGCGAUCUUCAAGGUCAAAGGCAAGUACUAUUGCACCCAGCAGAUGUGUCCUCAUAAGCGAGCGUUUGUCCUAUCGGAUGGUCUAAUUGGCGACGACAUCAAAAACAACAAGCUUUGGGUGUCGUGCCCCUAUCACAAACGAAACUUUGAGCUCGCGGGGGAAAAUGCAGGUAAAUGUGCCAACGACGCUGAAGUGAAUAUCGCGACUUUCCCUGUGGAAGAGCGCGAAGACGGUUGGGUUUAUGUCAAAUUGCCACCUGUUGAAGAGCUUGAUUCCGUACUUGGGACAAGCAAGUGGCGAAUCAAAAAAGAGGAGUCUGGACCGGAUCCAUUUGAAAAGCUUGAUUCCAAACUGAAAAAUAUGAAAGGCAGAAAGAGCGUCAACGCCAGCCAUCUGAACAGCAAAGGUACUGCCGGGAUAGCGAAUGGUGUACUUGCAGGUCAGGGCGUGGGUGUGAAGAUCAAUGGCAUGGAAUGGUGA